AUGAAGUGGUGCAGCACGUACUUUGUUCUAUGGAUCACCCUUAUAUUGCAGACCUUCCAGAACUCUAUAGCAACAGCAUCCAAUAGUAUAGAUGACAUCCUACAAUUGCAAGAUGAAACUGGCGUGAUAACAGUGACAGCUGAAAACUACCCACUGCUGAACAAGGGUGUUCCAGGUUAUUAUAAUAUUUUGUAUAUCACUAUGAAGGGUACAAACAGCAACGGUAUGAGUUGCCAAUUGUGCCAUGAUUUUGAAAAAAGUUACCAUGCGGUAGCUAAUGCUAUUCGCUCGCAGGCCCCACAGUCUCUUAGUUUGUUUUUUACACUGGACGUUAAUGAAGUGCCACAAUUGGUUGAGGACUUAAAGUUACAAAACGUACCUCAUCUUGUAGUAUACCCGCCGGCAGAAGAUGCAAAGCAAGCAGAAUUCGAAUGGAAAACGUCACCUUUUUUCCAAUAUCCUUUGGCUCCCAAUAGCGCAAAUGAUGCUUUGCGCUUUGGGGAUUUUCUAGCAAAAAUCCUCAAUAUUUCAAUAACCGUUCCUCAAGACUUUAACAUUCAGGAGUUCGUCUAUUAUUUUAUUGCAUGUAUGGCAAUUUUUAUUUUCAUCAAGAAAGUGAUUUUUCCGAAGAUAACUAAUAAGUGGAAGUUCUUCUCCAUGAUAUUAUCAUUUGGUAUCCUUUUACCAGGUAUUACUGGUUACAAAUUUGUAGAAAUGAAUGGAAUUCCCCUUAUUGCACGUGAUGGAGAGAAUCGUAUAAUGUACUUUAGUGGUGGUUCUGGAUGGCAAUUCGGUAUAGAAAUCUUCUCCGUAUCAUCGAUGUAUAUUGUGAUGUCUACGUUAUCCAUAUUGUUAAUUUGUCUGCCUAAGAUUUCGCGUAUAAGUGAAAAGAUGAAAGGACUACUGGCGUCACUUUUGGCCUGUGCUUUAUUCUAUUUCUUUUCUUAUUUCAUUAGCUGUUACUUGAUUAAGAAUCCGGAAUACCCAAUCGUUUUUUGA